CUUUGAGGAACCUCGUUCCAACUCGUCCGCUGCCAAACAGGGAUAAUUUACCUUUUUUACAGCCCAAUCUCCUGAUCGCCUUCUUUUGUCCUUCCUUUGUUCGCACCAUGGCCGACCAACCGCCAUCACAGACCUCUGUCCCACCUUCAUCGGAACUACCACCUUUGUCACAGAUUGGCUCCCAAGAACUUUCAGCGUCCCCAGCCACAACCUCUGGCGAAGCAGCAAAUUCGUCUGGGGCAACAACUGUUCCGAAAUCUGAACCCGAUGCAACAGAUGCUGCUGGCUUGGACGCUUCCAUCGAGCAGGAUAUCGAUCUAAACGCGAACAACGCCGACACUAAAAUGACGAAUAGCAACGACGCGGAAGACCCUGCCAUAGGGAAUCCAAUCCAAGAGCCAACAUCGGUUGAUGCUUUAGCGGCGGCAGCGGCUCCGUCAAAAAAGGAGACAAGUUUGCGCGAGUUCUUGGGGAAAAUGGAUGAGUAUGCGCCUAUUAUCCCCGAUGCCGUAACCGCUCACUAUCUCACCCUUGCCGGCUUACCACCCCCGGGAAACGGCCCCAACCAAACACCGCCACACCUAGCACGACUUCUCGCCUUAGCGACGCAAAAAUUCAUUGCUGAUAUCGCUGCGGACUCAUACCAGUACGCGCGUAUCCGGGCUUCUAAUAGUUCCUCCGCUAGCAAUCCAAUGGGCAGUCUCAACGCUGCAUCUGGUCUUAACAUGCCUACUGGUGCUUCUGGCGCAGGUGCGGCAGGUGCUGCUACCGGCGCUUCUGGUGGAGACGCAGGCAAGGGCAAGGCCAAUACACAUCUGGGAAUUCAGAGACCCGGGUUUGGUGGUGGUGGCUCGGGUGGCUCAGGACAAGGUCGGACAGUGCUCACCAUGGAAGAUCUGGGAAUGGCAGUUUCCGAGUACGGUGUGAGUGUGAAGAGAGGGGAGUUCUACCGAUAGAGAUUGGGCGACAAGAUACACCAUGAUGGAUGGCUUUUCGGGCCGUCAAUAAGUAAUUUUGAGGCACGAGUUGAUGUUGGGGCUUUUUCCCUUAAGUUGUGAUGACGCAGACACGAAGCUGUAUCUCACGUCCCGAGCGGACGACCUGGAGAUGGCGAUGCCCAUCUUGGAUAUUUCGUGCUUGACCGCUGUCGACUGAAUAUCGAACGGCGGCUUUAUUGGAAGGGUUUGCUUACUGGCGUACAUAUUGGGCUGAGGACAAACGAUAUCCUGCAUUUGGGUUCUAAAAUUUUACCACACAAGAUUUUGCAUAGGCGUUUGGGAUGGUGAAGAAAAGAUGGUAAUAGUCAAUUUUGUACUACUUCGUUGCUGCUAUCGAGGUCGACAUUGGUUGAUUUUCCUUCAUUAUGCGUUAAAGAACC